GCUUUCCAUGUUGGGAUUAUUCCGUGCGAGUCGCGCGCGCCGUGAGUGUGUGGGCAGUGAGUGAGCAGUGAGUGAGUGGGCAGUGAGUGAGUGUGAGCUGUGUUGUUGUUGCUGCUGCUGCUGUUGUUGGUGAGCGGACAGAAGUCCGCGCCUCCUGCCACGUCCUCCGACCAGGAAGUGGAGGCCGCACGUGGAGACGGGGAGGCCCGCGUCCUGCCCGCGCGUCAUCUGCGUGGUCGCGACCCUGAGUGCCCAGCGGCACCAGCGGCACCACCAUGGUUUCUCCGGGCACCAUGGCCACCCUGCGCACCGUGCUACUCGCGGUGGCGUCCGUCUGCACCAUCCUCUCCUUCCUCUCCGGCUUCUCCAUCUGUCUAAAGAUCAAGCAAAAGGGCAGCACCUUGGGGCUCUCCAUGUUCCCCUUCGUGUCUCUCUGCGUCAGCUGCACACUGUGGCUGCGAUACGGCCUGCUCCUGGGUGACCCCACCAUCGUGUACGUGAAUGCCGUGGGGGCGUCCAUCGGGGUCCUCUACUCCAUCAUCUUCUACGUGAACACGCCGCACAAGCGGAGUCUGUACCGUACCAUGGUGGGGCCCGCGCUGCUGCUCUACGCGGUACUGCUCUACGUCAAGUACCUGGCGGAGGACGAGGACGCUGCACGGCCUCACCUGGGCAUGGUGUGCACGCUGUGGACCGUCGUCAACUACGGCUCCCCGCUUGCCACACUCGCUGAGGUCGUGCGCUCGCGGAGCACGGAGUCGUUGGCCUUCCCGCUGUGCGCCGCCAACCUCGUGGUGGGCACCGAGUGGUUCAUCUACGGCCUCAUGCUGCAAGACAUGUUCAUACAGGUGCCCAACCUCUUGGGAGCCCUUCUGGGGCUGGGCCAGCUCUCCCUCUUCCUCGUCUACCCCAGCUCCUCCAAGGCGCCAACCAGCUCCACCAAGGUGCCACCUGGGGUCUACGUGUGACGAGGGCAAGGGAGGCGGCAGAAGCAGUGGAGCAGCGCCCGGCUCCACGGGCUGCAGGGACCGCGGGACUAAAUACCGACCACGUGGCGUCUGCCACAGGGAACUGGGGACUUGGGCCUCUUGUAUGGGUGGUGAUGGUUAUUUUCAUACUUUCGUUUUUUUAUUUAAAUAUAAAAUGGUGUGGUGCUUUGGAGAGAAAUACAGGGCAAAUCUAAUGGGGGUGUUACAAAUAUUCCCUGGACAUUUCAAUACCUUAUUUGCCACUCCCUCAACCUCCACGCAGUGUGGAUUUCAUGGCAGGUUGCGGCCGAUCGAUCUCGCUAUGAGAGCGAGAGGCGCGAGGCGGAGAGGCGUCGACAUUUCGGCGGCUUCCUUAGAGCGGCGGGGCCUCUGCGCCUCCCCCUCUGCACCCGCCGUGCAGUGGAUUACCAUGCACAAGCCUCCCGCAGGCCCUCAUUGGCCUCUGAGCCGGUCGUGGAAAUGUUGCAACAAAAAUCUAAAACUUACCGCAGUGAGGUUUUUGUGCAAUAUUUGGUGACGGAACGAAGACUAUAAACUUUUUAUAUUUGACAAUCUUGUGUAAUGAAGAAUACGACGGGGAAAGUGCCUGUAUGUGGGGAACUGCUUGUGUUGCUGUUAUAAAGUAUAUUUAUAAAAGCGGCGGAUAGUAUUGAAUGUAGCCCGAUAUUCAGUUAUUCAUUUCACGGCCCUUUAACCAGGUAACAGCUCAUUGAGGUCCGUUAUUUGUUGUUACAGCUCUGUAUUGUUCAUUUGCAAGGGGAAUGUGGGUGUAGUUAUUAUGGAGGCUAUUUGUUAAUCUUUGGAAAAUAUUGGGAUUUCGGCUCAGACGCUCACACGUGUAAUCACCAACUCCUGCCAAUCUCACAGGACCUUUCACGUGCAUCCAGCAGAUGGCACGCAUUGUUUAAUUCCACCGGUGUGAAUGAUUUGUGAACCUUGGAAUUGGAUCGUGGGCCCCGUGUGCUGCGACGCGCGAGUGAGCUCCCUGACCCAGCCGUCCACGGCGAUGGCUCGCCAUUCCCAGGCCUCUCAGCCUGCACCACAAGGUGAUGCAUUUCACAGCCACGGAAGCCGGCCGGCUUUGAGAAGCUGGACGGCAGUCUCGUUUCGCGUGACUGCAGGCGUAUCCAAAGGGCUGCCUCUGUUGUCACAGCACGUGACUCGUCUAUAUUGUAAGUUGAAGUACUGCUCGUCAAGGGUUAACUCAGCCCACCGUCCAUCCCGGCUCGAUGCAAUGACUGACCACUGUGUGGGUGGGAAGUCAAAAGAGUGGCCGCCGACUGGACAUACUCGUGUCUGUCAUGGGAAUGUAGAAUUUACACCACUUGUUUAUCGCACGCUGACACUUUGUUGGCGACUCCUGUGUCGCCGCCACCUCGCAGUGAGGAACUUGGUGAGUGUCCAGGAAGGUUGUGGUUGGUGUUGUCCACGGUUCCGAGCCCAGAAUGGUGAAUUGAUUCUGAUGGCUGACAAGGCGUGGGGAGGCCAUUGUCCGGCAGUGGCUUUAUAAAGGGCAGGAAAUCAUUGAUUGUUAAUUCACCGCGUGCCUUGGUUUCACGUUGGCAUUGUUGUCGGCGUGAAAGACGUGAGCUUGAACUUAAGUGUAGUAGUCGCCAUGACCUUGAAGGAUAUCGUCACCUCUCGCUGCCCCCCCCCCCCCCCCCCAGUGGUGUUAGAUAGGAUUUACCUCUGGGUCGUGUUACGUGAGUUUAUAAUUCCGUGAGGAGGUGUUUUUGUUCGAGGGUGAUUUGCUGUUUAUUUGUUUAAAUGAAUCUUUGGAGGAUCUGUGGUACAGAUGCAACUUUUAUCGAUUAAUAAAAAUUCCU